AUGAGAAAUUUGGAGGUUUCUCAGUUCACUUACACUCCAUUUUACUGUGAAGAGAAUGUUUAUUUUCUUCUCAAGAAACUAUGCAAGGAUGGUAUAGCAGAAGCUGACGGUUCUGAUCUUUUUAUCCCACUAUGGAAUCAAAAGGCUAGUACGAGAGCGGAUGGAAUCAUUCUUUGGGAUUAUCAUGUGAUUUGCAUUCAGAGAAAAAGAGGCGGGGACUCUCAUUUAGUGUGGGAUUUGGAUUCAAGUCUUCCCUUUCCUUCUCCGUUAACUUCAUAUGUCUCCGAAACCAUCCGACCAUCAUUUCAGCUCUUCAAUGAGUACCAAAGUAUGUAUGAUCCCAAAAUGGGUCUAGAGGAUGAAGAGAAGAAGGAAAUUUGGAGGCUGUCUGUGCUGGGAACUGAGCAUGAACAGUUUUUCCGAAUUGUGCAUGCUCCAAUUUUUUUCCGUUGCUUUGCAUCCGAUAGAAGACACAUGAAAGAUUCUGCUGGUAAUUGGAUUGCUCAACCUCCUGCAUAUGAACCCAUAGUAGCUGAAGAUGAAACUAUUCACAACUUGAAUGAAUACAUGGAGAUUCAUGCGUCUAAUGAAUUAACAAAUGUGGAGGGCCUGGAGGCUGAUUUGAUCAAUUCAGUUUUCACUCAGCAACUCGGUGUGGUGAUAAGGGAGAAUCAGUUGGAGGAAUUCUUUUCUCAAAUUUCUUGA